CUGUGUAUAUCCGGGUACUGCAGCACAGCCAACCUAUGAGGCCAAAGACACCAAUAUGGCGGAGGCUUCCUUUGGGAGUUCGAGCCCUGUUGGCUCAUUGUCCUCAGAGGAUCACGACUUUGAUCCAACAGCUGAGAUGUUAAUUCAUGAGUAUGACGAUGAGAGAACUUUGGAGGAGGAAGAGCUUUUGGAGGGAGAGAAGAAUUUCAGUGCGGAAUUGUCAGACCUGGAGAGGGAGGGGAACAUGCCAAUCGAGGAGUUGUUAGCUAUGUAUCGUUAUGAGGCGUCAGCCAGUAUGGGGGCGGGAUCUAGCAUGGACAGUUCCUCUGUUGAACUAGCUGAUGAUCUGCCUGACAUGACUCUGGAUAAGGAGGAGAUAGCAAAAGAUCUCUUGUCAGGAGAUUAUGAGGAGGAGACCCAGUCCUCUGCUGAUGACCUGACCCCUUCUGUCACCUCCCACGAGGCCACCGACUUCUUCCCUAGAACACUCAGAUCCAACGCAAUAUAUGAUGGUGAUAAAGAAUCGGAGGGGGAGGAGGAUGGUGUGAGCAGUGAAGAUUCUAGAAAGGAAAUAAUGGUCGGCUCUCAGUAUCAAGCAGAAGUUCCAGUUGGGCUUAGCCACUAUAAUGAUGAUGAAAAAGCGUAUGAGGAGGAAGAUCAGCUGCUGUGGUGUCCUGACAUGCUGUCAGAGAGUAAAGUGAAAGACUACCUCAAAGAAGCGCUGUCACAGUCUACAGGCGAAAGUACAGAAAAUCCCACACCUGAACACAUACGAGAUAACGAACAGGCCUUGUUUGAGCUUUUGAAAUGUAAUUUUGACAUCUGUGAGGCACUGACGCGACACCACAGUAAUGUGAAGACUUUGAAAGAAGAAUCCCCACCAUGGUCAGAGGAUGAAUGUAGAAAUUUUGAACAUGCGCUGCAGAUUUAUGAGAAAAACUUCCAUCUUAUUCAGAAACACAAGGUUCAGACCCGGACUGUAGCUGAAUGUGUGGCUUUUUAUUAUAUAUGGAAAAAGUCUGAACGUUUUGAUUACUUUGCUCAACAAAACCGAUUUGGCAAAAAGAAGUACAGUUGUUACCCGGGUGUGACAGACCUGAUGGACAGGCUGGUGGACGAGGCGGAGGGUCUGGCGGUGGACAGCUCGUCAUCGGUGUGCUCAGCAGGAGCUGGGGGACGGAUGGAGGCAUCGGCAGAGCAACAGCUCGGCCUGCUCAACUCCAUCACUGCCAGUGACCUCACAGCCAUUAGUAACAGCGUAGCAACCGUGUGCAAUGGUCCAGGAGACAUAAGCUGUUUAGACUCCCCGUACUUCCCACCUCUGGAGAGUUUACACCGAGGAGCCCUGAACCAUGAUGAUCAGCUCAACUAUGCUACAAAUGGAGACGGCUGCCUCAACAUGCUGGAUUCUGGCUUCUACCGCUCAGACCUGGGCCAGAUCAGUGUGUGCAGCACCAAAGACUGCGAACGGCCCUCCAAGAGGCUCAAGAUGGGCCUUUCGGAGUCCUUCAUCAACGACGUGUCUGUUACUAACCUGGACUUUGAGGGCAGACGCGCACAUCGCAUUACAGGUGCCACAAUGGCGGUGUCUGUCACAGACUUCAGCAGCAUAGCUAACACCGAAACCAAUGGUUUUCUCGGCUCACAUUCACGACACCACCAUCACACUGCACUUCAGUCUGACUGACUCUCUUCUGCCAUCCAGACACACAUUCAUCCGCUCACUGACUAUUAGUUCUUUUUUCAAUUAAAAAAAAAAAAAACCUAUAUAUGAAUAUACUUUUUGGUCUUUUUUUUUUUUUUGUAAUAUGACAUCAGUGAUGUCUUUAUUGUACAGAGCUAAGAAAUCUUGAUUUCUCAAGAGUUUAAAUAGCCAUUUAUUUUUCUGGUCUUCAGAUAUUUAAUAUCCUUUUUGUCUUUGGUGAUACACAGUUAAACCUAAAUGCUGGAGCAGAGAGCCGUGGUCUCUUACUGUACUCAUCCCAACCCCUGCAUCUUUAACUUUUACUGUCUCACAGUGUUGUCGCUGUCACCGAAACAGCAUCUUUUGUUGUUGAUGUUUUAGGAUUUUUCAUGUAUGUGUGUUUGUUUAAAAACCUGGUACUUUUUUUCAGUGUUUACACCACCCGAGAUAGACUAAGCCUUGGGAAAUGUAGCAUUUUAUAUAUCAGGAAACUGGCUUUUGUAAUUGAAAUUAGUGAUGACUGAUGCUUUUUCUCCUAUUUUCCCCCCUUUUAUAUUUUGCUUAAUUCUUAAGUAGCAUGACUGAAAUGAACACCGAUUGAAUAUUUCUUGAACUGCGCACUGUAAAAAAAAUGUUUUUCUAGUCCCCAAGUUUUCUUUUUGCCCAAUAUUUGGCCCUCAAAUAAUAAUGUAAGCUUCAAUAUCAUUAUAUUAUAAAUUGGCUCUAUAAGGCAGUCAUCUGCACUUGACAGUAUUAUCAUUAGUUGUGUGUAAAUAUUAGACUGUGGAAAGUGAUGUUUAUGAUUCCCCUUUGAGCUACUGAAGCUAUUUAAAUGCUACUCAUUACUACCACAGGUUAUUCUGCUAGUGCUCUAAACUGCAGGCGCUUUAGUACAGAUUAAACCAGUGUUAUUUUUAUUUUCAGCUAUGCAUUAUGUAUAUCUUGUAGCUGCCAUGGGUACUUAAAACACCUGAAUAUUAAUUGAGCUAAUUGUUAAUCACUCUUUAUGUUAAGCUCACUGUCUUAAGUUCUUUACCAUUGUUGUAUAUUGUAUGCAUGAAGCAGAUUGGACUCUUGUUGAUCCUUUUGACAUAUAAUUGCCAAAAAGCAGUCAGCUUGCCGCGCUGUAUCAAAACCGAUACUUGCCUCAGAGUUUGAGUCCUUCCUGCUAUUUGCAUUUUGAAAUUUACCAUGGAAUUAAUUUGUAUACUAAAAGCCCUGACUUUAACUAGGGCAAUGCAGAAUGAUGAAAAAAUGGUCUUAUGGCAAUAAUAUGUAGAUAUGUAUAGGUUGUUGUACUUCUUUAAGUCUUACAAUAUUCAUAGCUUAUUUUGGUCUUUGUUUUGUUUACUGCAGUAAGAGACGUCAAAAAGAUGCAUGCUGAUUUUUAUUUUGUUUGAAAGAGAGAUGAAAAAUUGUAGAAAUGGAAAUAAUUUAUGGACACUCCCAUUUAAACCCAUUUGUUCAUCUCUUUGCUCAGUAGACUGAGGAGUUUCAUUUGUUCACCGUGAUUCUUACUCCUGAUACUUAAUGGCUGCUAUUAGUAAUGUGAAGAGUCUAUUUUCUAUUGAAAGCACUGCAGUUGCAAUUAUAAGUUGAGUUGAAAGUCUUGUGCAUCUACAUUGUUAAUAGAUCGAGAAGUACUUGUUAGUAGCAUGUUUGGAGCUGCGAAUACAGACGAUGAUCAAAAUGGGUGCCAUUAUUCCUUGACGGGGGUUAGAAAGCAUUACAAAGUGUUUUACUCUGUCAGGUUUUUUUUUUUUUUGUUCAAAAUAUUUUCAGUAUCUACAUCUAGCAGAGAACUUUAUCAUGCUCAACAAACAAAUGUAGUACAUGGUGCUCAUAUACAAAGUUUUAAUUUUCAUACUUUUAAGUGUCUGCUCCUACUAUUAUGUAUUAGUACUUUUUUAUAAAUGAUACAGUAAAUUUCAGCUUUGCUGAAGUACAUUUAUCCCCAAAUAUUUGCAGAUUGUUUCGAUUUAAAGACAAACUAAAAUAACAGAAUGUACUGGUUGUUUUGACCUUUAGAGUUAAACGUUUUACAGUUUCAAAAUAUUGAGAGAAGUUUAGUGAAUUGUCCUCAGAGGAUUUGGGUGUGUGAUUGUGCUUUAUAUAUUUAAUUUAGAAUUUUAAAGGAAUUAUUAAAUAGAGGUUUUCACAGCGGGUGAGAGGGGGUGACUGGUCAAAUUUGUGAAUAAAACCAACAAAUCCUAUAAAUGUAUAUCCAUAUACACAGACAAUCAUAAGUAAUUACAGAAUUAUUCAGAUUUCUCUAAUGUUUAUAAAACAUGUACAUAUAAUUGUAUUGCUUUUUGUUUGGUUUCUCAUUAUUUUGUAUUUUUGUUGUACUUUAUUACUUGGUGUAAAAAGCUCCAGAAAUAAAAGCCCUGGAAACAAA